AUGACGGCCAUUUCGUCGCGUGACGGCUAUUCCGUACUCGAGUGCUGGCAGCUUGCAUCGGUGCCGGUCGACGCCAUGUCGGCAGCCAACUACGCCGUCGGCGGGAACGCGACAGCGGCGACGUGGUCGCACAUCGAGCCUCGCACGCGCGUCGGGGAGGCGUGGGCGCCGCACGUCCAACUGUCCAUCAUCCUCAACGGGCUCAUCCGAAUCACGUCGCCAGCGCCGGCAGCAGACACGUCAACAACAGCCAACGCGUCAGGGUCGAUAGCCUCGGUGCUGCCCAGGGAGGUAGAGGUGGCCAGCAGCGCGCGUCCGGAUACGCACGUCGCGUACAUUAUGCCCGGCACGCUGCGGUCGUCGGUGGUGAUCGCGGCCGACCUCAAGGCCGCCAGCACCCUCGCCGGGCACUUCACCGAGUUCCCCAGCGACGAGCCCACGGUGCUGGUGCAGAUCCCCUUUGCCCGCGACGCGGCACCCGAACACACGGUCCUGCAUGACGGGCCAUGCACGGGCUAG